AUGAUCCUCUUCGUGCACCUUCUGCUGCACCUGGUGACGCUGCGCCGCUCGGCGGACUUCCUCGAGGAGGUGGAGGCGCAGUUCGGUCACUUUAUGGCAGUGCACAACCGCACCUAUGGACCACAGCAUGCUGAGUCAAUGGCCGAGUACACCCGCCGGCUGGCCAUCUUCAGCCAGUCGCUGGCCACCAUCGAGCGGCUGAACCGGGCGCACGGGGCACAUGAAGGUGGCGCCCGCUUCGGCGUGACGCAGUUUGCCGACCUGACGACGGAGGAGUUUCUGGCCAAGGUUAGGCUUGCCAGCCCGGCCGCCCUCAAGGUGCCGCCCGCCUUUGACUGGCGCGACCGGGCGGCGGUCAGUGCCGUGCGCAGCCAGGGCAGCUGCGGCGCCUGCUGGGCGCACAGCACCGUGGCCACCAUAGAGUCGAUGGUGGCCAUCAAAACUGGCGGCCGCCUGACCGAGUUCAGCGUCCAGCAGCUGGUGGACUGUUCCGGAGAGGACAACAAGGGCUGCGCCGGCGGGGACACCUGUGCGGCGCUGGACUGGCUCCACAAGGCAAACGUCACCGUCCAGCGGGCGGCUGAUUACGGGCCCAGUCUGGACCACGCCGAGGUGUGCCACGCCCAGAAGGACGCGCUUGGGGUGCAGAUUCGCUCCAACUACACCUGCAAUAACUUCGUCAGCCGCGAGCAGGCCAUUGUACAGCUGCUCGCCCACCAUGGGCCGCUGAUUGCCGCCGUCGAUGCCUCCACCUGGCAGCACUACCUGGGCGGCAUCAUUCAGUACCACUGCAGCAAUGAUCUGAACCACGCGGUGCAGAUCACUGGCUACGAUAUGUCGGGUGACAUACCCUUCUACAAGGUGCGAAACACCUGGGGCCCGGGCUUCGGCGUAGACGGCUACCUGCACAUCGCCAUCGGCGGCAACCUGUGCGGCAUCGGCGAGGAGAUCUCGGCGAUUGACGUGAAGGCGGUUCCCAAGGAGUUCUACUGA